UAAAGACGUAACUCACUAGGUGUGUCUGGGGAUACCGAGGCCUUUUCUGUGUUGAAUGUGUCACCUCUCCCAGUUAGAGUAUGUAAUUGAUUUCGUAAAGAAACAACAUGCGCUCUCACCUGUGGAUUGCAUGCGUCAAAAAUACGUCAAGGAAUGCCAAACUUUUGGGCCCAGUUACUCAGUAUCUCUGUGAUAAUGUGACCCAAAAUAGUUUGGCGCUGAGUUCUUAGAUCAUGUCAUCCCUACUCAAAACAACAUUCAAUCAUUUCCCUAAAUUUUACCAAUAACUACUACAAACUUAUAUUUGAUUAUUUUUGAAAGAUCAUGUGACACUGAAGACUAGAGUAAUGGCUGCUGAAAUUCUGCUUUGCAAUGAUCAGAAUAAGUCACAUUUUAACGAUCAACAUUUUAUGAAUGUGAAAGCACAUUAAACUGAUUUGUUGCAUAAAAAGCGCUACUUAGCUCCCCAAAACAUGACAAGAUAUAAAGAUAAAUAAGCAGUCUUUGGCCUUGAUCGUUCUAUUGUUCACUUGAGCACGAGCAAACCGGUUUCGUUGAGUGCUCAUGGGGUGAUAGAGAAAAACUUUGAACCGGUUUAUCAGGCUUUGGCCCGGGAGGAGAACAUAAGAACCGCCCGCAGACUCCUGCAGUAGGUCACAAUCAUGAUCCAUCUCAUCAUCGCCGGUGCGCUUGUCGCAGCUCUUUAUGUUGUCUUGGUCGAGACGUUGUUUAAGAAGUCAAAAUGUAAAGGAACCGCUGAUAUGACAGGGAAAACAGCAAUUAUUACAGGAGGAAAUACUGGUAUCGGUAAGGCCACAGCUCUAGAUCUGGCAGGUCGUGGAGUAAGAGUCAUUCUGGCCUGCAGAAACCAGAAGAAAGCCGAGGCAGCUAUAAAUGACAUCAAAAAGGCAACAGGAAGCAAUGAUAUCCUGUUCAUGGAGCUUGAUCUUGGAAGCCUCAAAUCUGUGCGAGCUUUUGCUAAGAACUUCCUCAAAUCUGAGUCAAGACUGGAUCUGCUCAUCAACAAUGCAGGUCUUGUGGCGGAUGGUCGAACCGAGGAUGGUUUUGGCAUAGAGUUUGGUGUCAACCAUCUUGGUCAUUUCCUGCUCACGUGUCUUCUCCUGGACCGUCUGAAGGAGAGUCCUGCUGCUCGUGUCAUCACUCUGUCCUCCAUGGCCUAUCGCUGGGGCAAGAUUGAUUUUGAUUCUCUUGUCGCUACCAAAGACCUGGGGUCAGGGAGAUAUAGCUGGCAGUUCUUCCAGGCCUACUGCAACAGCAAACUCUGUAACGUCCUGUUCACUCACGAACUGGCCAAGAGACUGAAGGGGACGAAUGUCACCUGCUACAGUGUUCAUCCAGGUGUUGUAAAGACUGAGCUCUCCCGCCAUGUGAGUCUCUGGCAGAAAGUGUUCAUCGAGCCAGUGGCUAGACUGCUGUUCCUGGACCCAGAAACUGGAGCCCAAACGACUCUGCAUUGUGCUGUACAGGAAGGAAUCGAGCAUUUCAGUGGACGUUAUUUCUCAUGCUGUGCUGUGGAGAAAGUUAGUGCCAAAGCUAAUAAUGACGCAGUGGCCAAAAAGCUUUGGGAAGUCAGUGAACGACUGAGCGGCCUUUCAUAAAACCAGAGGAACUGUUUUAUUUCUGGUGACUGGAGACUAUCUGUGAACUUUAUUUACCCUAAGGGGGGGGGAGGGGGGGGAG